AUGGCGGCGGCACCACGAGCGGCGCCUCGCCUGCCCGAGGUCCUACGUCCCCCCCUGCUGGAGCAAAGGCCCGGCGACGCCCGGAGUGCCGCGGGCUCCUCGGCCCGCACCGGCAUGCUGCUUGCUGUUUGUUCUUUCUAUGUGAGAAACGUGCUUUGCGACUGUAGCACUGACGCUUCAAACACUAUACGAGCAGCACAUGUGGAGACCCAGCGUUCAAGUGCCACGGAGGGCACUGCCUAUUCAGCAACAGUCAGUCAGGGCUAUGUUUUACCAGAAGGAAAAGUCAUGCCCAACACAGUCUUUGUUGGUGGAAUUGACAUAAGGAUGAAUGAAGCAGAAAUUCGGAGUGUCUUUGAACAAUAUGGUACUGUGAAGGAGGUGAAGGUCAUCACUGACAGAACUGGUGUUUCAAAGGGGUAUGGAUUUGUGUCUUUCCUGGACAAUGUGGAUGUUCAAAAGAUAGUUGAGUCACAAAUCAACUUCCACGGUAAAAAGCUGAAACUGGGGCCAGCAAUCAGAAAACAACAAAAUUUAAAUUCCUGCGUGCAUCCCAGACAAAUAGUUCUUGGUCCUCCUCCACCACAGUUCCAGAGUGUGUGGGGUAAUCAGAGUAUGGAGACAUAUGUGCAGCCUCCAGCUGUCAUGAACCCAGUAACACCCUAUGUUCAGCCCUAUCCAUACAGUUCAUCACCAGCUGUACUGCUAAAGCAGCAAGUUCCCAUAGGAUAUCAACCUGCUUACAACUAUCAGGCUCAACCACAGUGGCUUGCUGGGGAGCCAAGAAAUUAUGUAAUACCUCCAACUCCGGUGUAUACUUCAGUGAACUAUCAUGGCUCUGAGGAUCCAGGAUUUAUACAGAUGGAAUGUGCUGUUCCAGAGCCCACGCAGUUGCCUAGCAGCCCACAAAAGAAGUCUGUGGACAGGGGCAUGCAAACAGUACUAUCCUGUCUGUCUAAUCCUGAGAACCAGCUGACAAAUGACUUUGUAUCACAAGACAGCAAUGUAAAGGAGGGUAAGACAUACCACUUCAGAAAAGGAAAGACAGUACACAAAGCCAUUUGAUCAACAAAGACUUCAAAGUAUCUAAAUUAAUUAACUAGAUGGUACUACAGUUCAAUUUAGCAACACAGAAUGUAACAUUCCUCAAAGUUACUUCAGGUUAUGUUUGUACUCCUGUUCUACAUGUUUUGAUACUGUUGUUGUUGCUUGAGUAGUUUGAGGUUCGAAGUUGUAAGAGUUGACAAACUUCAGUGUUACUGUUUGUGUGCUUCCCCUGAUAACUGACUGGAAUGUUAGAGAGUUUAUAUGUUUCCUUUAUGUGGAUUUUUCUCUGAGCUUUAAG